UCUCUUUGCUGCUGCAUACUGAUGUCGCGCAGCGGCUGAGCCCGACCACCAUCUCAUUAGCAUUUCAUUCCCAGCUUCAAGGAGCAACAUGACACACGCUGUGCGUUGGCUGGCAGUGGUUCUUGUGUUAUUGUGUCUUACAGGAGCAGCUGAAUCCAAAAGGAAUGUUAAAUGUCCUUCAGGAUGCACCUGCUCCAAGGAGACUCUCAUCUGCGUGGGGGCUUCCCAGAUUCCCCGGACCAUACCGACUGAGAUCAAUUCACUAAGCGUAGUUAAUGGAUCCGUUGCGGAAAUCACAGAGGGGAUGUUUUCUCUUAUGCCUUCUCUACAGCUGCUGCUUCUCAAUGCUAAUUCUUUGACCACAAUCAAUGAUGAUGCCUUCUCCGGCCUGUCUCAUCUCGAGUAUUUAUUUAUUGAACGGAACAGGAUUGAAACAGUCACCAAAAAUGCCUUCAGAGGUCUACGAACCCUCACCCAUCUUUCCCUGGCAAAUAACAAGAUACGGUUUCUGCCAAGAGAUCUCUUCUUCGACUUGGAUUCGUUGCUAGAGCUAGAUCUGCGAGAGAACUCCUUCCAGUGCACUUGUGAGAACAAAUGGCUGAUGAUGUGGCUGAAAAACACAAACACCACCGUAACAGAUGUCUUUUGCGCAGGCCCCAGUGAUAUGAAGGGCAAGCGGCUCAAUGACCUUCCUAUUCUGCCGGGCGAAUGUAUUUCUACAGACUUUGUGCGUCAUCAGUCUAUUCCUGUUCAGUCAAUGUCAGCAGACAUAUUUUCCUUUAAGGAGGACAUCUUUGUGGCUUUGGCUGCCUCGAACUCCAACAGCUGUGUGAUCAUGGAGUGGGAUCACAUCGAAAUGAACUUUAGAAAAUUUGGCAACAUUACAGGAAAAUCUGUUGUCGGAUGUAAGUCCUUUCUGAUUGAAAACCACAUCCUGAUAAUUGUCACACAGCUCUUUGGAGGCUCCCACAUUUACAAGUUCGAUGAGCAGCAAAACAAUUUCACCAAGUUCCAAACCAUCGAGGUCUUCAACAUCUCAAAGCCGAAUGACAUGGAGGUCUUUCAGAUGGAUGGAGAUUGGUAUUUUCUGAUUGUGGACAGUUCCAAGGCAGGCAUGUCUACUCUCUACAAGUGGACUGACCAACCAGACCGCAACAAGACUGGUUUUUAUUCCUACCAGUUCCUUCACGAAUGGUUUCGUGAUACAGAUGCUGAGGUUGUCAAGGUGGAUGGGAAACUCUACCUAGUUUUAGCAAGCCGCUCCCAGUCACCUGCAGUCUACCUGUGGAACAAAAGCACUCUUAAGUUUAUCUUUCACAGUGACAUCCCAAAUGUUGACGAUGUGGUGGCAGUCAAAGCAUUUCGAGUGGACGGGGAACUGUACUUGGCCCUUGCUUGCUAUAUUGGUGACUCCAAAGUUGUCAAGUGGGCCAAUAAGCAGUUUACUGAGGUGCAGGCUCUUCCCUCCCGGGGUGCGAUGAUCCUCCAGCCUUUUACUUUUGCAGACAGACACUAUUUAGCUCUGGGUAGUGAUUACUCUUUUACGCAGAUCUACCUGUGGGACGCAGAGACCAAAACAUUUCACAAGUUCAAGGAUAUAUACGUGCAGUCACCCCGUUCAUUUACUGUGGUGAGCACUGAUCGCAGGAGUUUCAUCUUCUCCUCCAGUCUUAAGGGAAAAUCCAUUGUCUUUGAACAUGUGUUUGUAGAUCUGAGUUUGUAAAAGACCAAAGAAGGGUCUCUUCAAUUGGAAUUGUGUGAACACUUACAAAAAAGUCUCACAUGCUGUUUAACCUUACUUAUGCAAUCAGAUUUAUGAGUUUGUUCGCCAAGAACAAUGCCAGAAUGGUUCUGCAAAUCAGGAAACAUUUAAGCCAUUUUGGACUAAUGGAUGACCACAACUUAAAAAGCAGCAGCAGCAAUCUUUGAAAUGAAGGUGCAUGAAGAUACUGUUAUGGCAAAUGAAGCAGGUCCUUAUUCCAUGUUGGCUUUUAUAAUAAUCUUAGCAGACAAACUAUAGCUGAGCCAGAGAGUGCCUAUUCUGGCAAUAACUUUUGGAAACUAUGAUUUCAAAGAGCAAACUAAAGGCAACAAACAUUUUUUGAUUAACAAUUUGCAUACUUUAUGGUACUGUGUACAUACUUUUCCACUCUGUCAGGAAGAAAUAUAUAAAUCUCUCUCAAAUUGGCACACUCCUAGACUGUAAUGUCAUAGUAAGUUUGGACUUUUAAAGAUGCAUUUCAACUGGAAUUCAAGUGGAAUGAAUAUACAACAAACAGCUUCAAGGAAUGAAAAAAAUGGCAUUCAGUGGACAAGUUUGAAUUUAUUCCUAUCACAGUUAUAUUUAGUUUUAACGUAAUCUUUUCAUUUUAUUGAAAAUGAGAUGAUUCUUCUCAUUGGAAGUAAUGUUAACAUUUUGGAGUGACCCAGCCAGAGUCCCAACUUAAAUCCAACUUAAAUCCUCAAAUCCUCAAAAUAUGGGUGAAAACAUACUAAAACCUGGUCAGCAAUUAAAAGAAGGAUUUGUCAAAUGAUUAUUGAGAAGAGAAAAGAUAAUUUAAAAAAAAGUUCAUAAAAAUGUAUAUAUAUAUAUAUACAUGUAAUUUGAUAGUUGCUUUUACAGUUUUAUUGACUCUUAAGAGAAGCCAGUCUCAUUUCCUAUCAAAAACAAAGUUCCUGGUUUAAUGAAAAUAAUUGUAACUAUAUACAUACACCCCACUGAUAUUUAAGUGUCCCUUAGUCUAAAGCAGCCUUAAUGCCUUGAGAGUUUGAGAAAAUCCACACUUUGUUUUACCAUCAAUGAGCUUAUAAUUCUCACUGGAUAUUUUCAGAUUGAUUGGUUUUCUGCCACACACUUCUCUGCCAUAAAGGCUGAGAAGUGUGACAGCAGCCUGCUUCAUCCAUUCCAAAACCAGUCUUGCUGUGUGUUUGGGAUCCUUGCCUUGUUACAACACGCACCUGUGUCUAAGUUUCAAACAUAUUAAUUUUGAUUUGUGGGGUAACUAAAUAUGUUUAAGGUAGUUCUCCUUCUUUUUUCUAUUCUAUCCACUUUGUGCAAUGCAACAGUACCACUGGCAGUGAAACAGAUGUUCAAGCAUGGCUUAGUUAGUUGGUUAAGAGGCUUGUAAAGUCUUAUCUGCCCUCCUCCAAACAUUAUUCUCAUCACUGUGUUAAUCUUUUUAUUAUCCGAUCAUUUAACUUUUCUUCAGAAGGCAUUUGGCAUGUCCAUGUGGGUGACAGCAGAGUUCAGUCAUGUUCAAAGGUGUUAUUUUUGCAGCUACAGCUUCUUUCUGGGCCAGCAUUGUCUCAGUCCACAUUGGUAUAAAAUUAAAUUCGACAGCUUUUUAUUUUUAUCAGACAGUGACAGUUUGGUUCAAAUGAUCCCAAACACACCAGCCAACUUAUAAUAGUUUUACAAAAUCUGCAAAAAAGAGUGGUAAAAUAUCGAGCCAGAAUGAUUCCAGGACCUUGUCGUUAGGUUCUCUGCAAGUUGCUAGGGGACAAUUAUCCAAAUAUUUGGGGUGUAUGUAUAAUUCUGAACCUAAAUAGGUCAAAGAAAAUUUAAAUAAAAGUCAAAAGUUUGUUUUAAAAAAAAUCAUUAAAGUUGUAUAUUGUGUAAUCAUUAUACCCUGGGCUGAAAAAUGGUUCAAAUGCCCCAAAGCCUACAGAAAAAACAGGACAUGCAUGCUGAUUAUAAUUACUAAAUCAGAGCUCAGAACCUGUGUAUGUUCAGGCAGAAGAAUCACUUUAGUUUUUUCUUCCAACUGCACUGAUAUGAGUGAAUUUGACCUUUGUCUUUGUCAACAAUAAAUUGAAUGCAGUAGAAAACUGUAUGAGCGUAUAAAACCAUAAGGUUUUGCAACUCACUGCGUGAUUGACAGCAAGAAAUAUAUAUCAUCCAUUGUUAUCUAUGCAAAGCAUAAAAAUAAAAGUGAAAGGUUGUGCGCUGAUAUAGCUUCAAAUAUUGUAAAGAGGAGCUUUCUAUUGUUCCUCUAAUAUGUGACCAAUUUCUUUGCUGAAUGCAGAUUUUCUUUCUAUGGUUUUCACCUGAUCUGACCACACUAAUUAUGCUAUGGUGUAAAACUGUCAGACAGAUUAAAGCUAUAAAAUGCUAA